UCGUACGCCGCGGACGCCGCGCAUGCGUACUGUCCGGCAGCCGACGCGCGCAGCUGACAGCUGACGUGCCCUCCUUUGCCGUUUGUCUCCCUUUCAGCACCAAUUUUCCCGCCUGAGCCAGCGACGAAAGGGGAGCAUGCGCAGAAAUGCUGGCAGGACGGGGUCGAAGGUGCUGCGACAGUUGGUAGGUGGUCAGUGGAUGAGGAGCAACUGUGGAAGGGGUUGAGGCUAAACUAAAGGAGAAUGUCUAUCAUCACAAUACAACUUGGUCAGUGCGGCAACCAGAUCGGUCGUGAGGUUUUUGACACCAUCUGCACAGACUUCCGCAGUACUCAUGGCUUGUGCUCCAAAAAGGAAAACGAGUCCUUCCAGGCAGCCUGCAAAGAGCGGUUCUUCAGCGAGGAGAAACCCAGAGUGCUGGCUGCCCGGGCUGUCCUGGUUGACAUGGAACCUAAAGUGAUUGGUCAGACUUUAUCAACGGCUUCAAGGUCUGGUACCUGGAACUAUGACCAUCGGUCCCACUUUUGUCAAAAGCAAGGGUCAGGAAACAACUGGGCAAAUGGCUACUGUGUUCAUGGGCCCAAGCACAAAGAAACAAUCAUGAACUUGGUACAGAAGGAGGCUGAGAAAUGUGACCGGCUGAGUGGAUUCCUGACGGUUAUGAGCAUGGCAGGUGGGACAGGAUCGGGUCUGGGGACGUUUGUGACAGAAAGCCUGAAAGACACCUAUCCCACCUCAUUCCUGUUAAACCACGUUAUCUGGCCCUACAGAACUGGAGAGGUUAUUGUUCAAAACUACAACUCUGUCCUGACCCUCUCACACUUGUAUCAGUCUUCGGAUGCCCUCCUGGUUCAUGAGAACGAUGCCAUCCACAAGAUCUGUGCUCAGCUAAUGAACAUAAAGCAGAUAUCUUUUCAGGAUGUAAAUCGAGUCAUCGCCCAUCAGCUGGGGAGCGUCUUCCAGCCGGCUUACUCCUCUGAAAGUGCCGCUUGCUACAGCAGAAGCCCCCUAGGAGAUCUAAUGGAAGCUCUAGUCCCCCACCCUGAGUUCAAGAUGCUGGGUCUCCGGAACAUUCCUCAGAUGUCCGAAAACUCCCUUGCCUACAGCACCUUUGCGUGGCCCGGGCUUCUGAAGCACCUGAGGCAGAUGCUCAUUGCGAAUGCCAAAAUGGAGGAAGGGAUUGAUUGGCAAGUGAGGCCCCCGGUGCCUGGACUCCCUGCAUCAGAAAAACAGUCUCUAAACAGGACAGCUCGUUUUAACACCUCCAUCGCCAACCUGGUUACCUUGCGAGGAAAAGAUGUACAAAACACGGAUCUAGGAGGAUUCCAAGAGCCUGCCUUGUAUACUUCCUGGCUAAAUGCUCAAGAUGCCUUGACCAUUUGGAAGACACCAAGAGCUUUUAAUAAAUACGAGAAGUCUGCUUCUUUGGUCAGCAACAGCCAGUUUUUGCUGAAGCCUGUGGACAGCGUAGUGGGGAAGGCCUGGAAAAUGUUUGCUUCAAAGGCUUACGUGCACCAGUACACAAAGUUUGGGAUUGAAGAGGAAGACUUUAUGGACUGUUUCACAACUCUGGAACAAGUCAUUGCUAGCUACACCAACCUCUGAUUUUCAAAUUCAUCCUUGGCCAGGAGGGGACAGCAUUAGCUGUGCAGAUCUAAAAUCCUGGCAAGAGGCCUUAAAACUGGGAAAUCUUGUGAAUAAUUGAAUGUAGAAUGAGGACUCUUUACAUGCCAUCCCAGGCAAGUGCACCACUCCAGCCAUCUUUCAAAGACAGGAGCUUUCCAUGCAAACAAAGCUUCUGAGGGAGUUCAAGCUUUCAAUGGGGAAUGUAGAUUUAUACGCACAUUCAUUUCAUCCCUUUACCAGCAUAUAGACUUUGUACAAUCUAAAUUGCAUGUGUUUUGUAUAUAAAGUAAUUUUAUUUUCUGAUGAUGUUGUCUGUAUGCUGUGUACUCAUUAUUGGUACCUCACAUUCUGUAACUUGCUCUGGCACCUUACAAGAGGCUGUGUCAUUUUAUCCCUCCAGCAGCCACAUGGAAUAGGUUAGUUUGAGAGAUGAUGACUGACCUCGCUUUGUGGCUGAAGUUGGAAUCUUAAUGCUUGUCUCCUGUGCAAGUUUAACACCUCCACUACACCCGCAUUAGAUCUCAAGAUGUGUGAGGGCCAUAUUUUGGUUUGUGUGUUUGUUUGUUUGUUUAAGUUACUAGUUGUGAUAGAGAGACAGGUUGGGGAUAAGGAGAUUCCUGUUGACUUCUGCGGUUAAAAGGACCUCCAUACACACUUGUGGAUGUUUUCACACAUGCACUCUUCAAAGAGUUUGCAACAUUUGAACACACAGCACUACAACUGAUGUCCACAGUGGUACAUUAAUUACCUUUCCCUUACCUGAUCAGAAGUUGUGUGUAAUAACUCCUCUGUACGGAGGAAAGUUUGUAGACUUAUGCGUUUAAAAAUAAACCACAAGAUGGUGCUGUUGUUCAGCCCACCAGGCACUGAUUUGGUCUACCUGACACCAAGGAAUCUCAACAUUUCCCAACUCAUACAGGAAGCAAGCAAGCUGUGCCUGUCCAGGUGACAUUGGAUUCCCAACUCCCAUCUUGGAUAACCAUUGGCUCUGCUGACUUAGGCUGAUGGGACUUGGGAGGCCAACAUCUGAAAGGUCAGAACUUGCCCACCCCUGAAUUACACGGUGCAAGUUCGGGUUGUCAUAUUUUGAAGAGCAAAGAAAGAGGACACAUUUGCCGACUUCUACUUUUAACUAUACUGUAGAACGCUAUGACGACACUCAUUUUACAUAUCCAUGAAAAAUAGGACGUGUCCCGGAAAAAAAGAGGACAUAUGGCAACCCUAGUUCAAGUCUGGGUGGGGAAAUUUGUCCUCCAGGUGCUCCCAAGCCUACAAAUCCCAUCAGCCUCUGCAGUGGUGCCCAGCAAUAUCUGAAGGGUUGCAGGUUCCUGGCCGCUGCAGGAAGUGAUACUGAUUCCACCCUGAUGGUACAUUUGGCGCCUGCUAAAUAUUUGCACAGCAACGCCUUCUCUAUUGUGCAGUGCUCCAGGUGUUCUAGGCUGCAACUCCAAAUCAUCCCUGAUCAUUGGCCACGCUGAUGGGAGUGGUAGUUUGCCAACCUGGUGCCCUCCAUAUGUUGCUGAAUGCUGAGACAGUACGUACCCACCAGUAUUUUUCUGGCACUUUGAAGAGCAAUGCCUUGUAAAAGGUCCUUGCCCUGACGAGUUUACAAUACACAUUUCAACCAGGAGGAGAUAAAGGCUUCAGUGUGGCUACAGAGCAUGGGGGGGGGGAGUGUCCUAUGGCCCUCCAGGUGCUGUUGAACUCCAACUCCCAGCAGCCUCAGCCAACAUUGCUAAUGCUGAGGGGUGGUAAGAAUUGUAGUCUGGAGGGCCACAAGUUCCUAUAGUGCUAUAGUUGUGAAUACAUCAGGAAAGAACAGACCUUUUUUGUUUGUUUAAAUGGUGGAAGUCCUCCAGAUUUUUUCACGCAACGAAAAGUCCCCUCUCUUCAUUUCAGUAGCCUAAAUUAGGUGGGAAAAAUAAUGUUGUUGUGGCUAUUGUUCAACACACAUUGAAAGCACAGAGCUUCUCCCAAACAACCCUGGGAACUGUAGUUUGGAGUGGACGCCCUAUAGUGGGGGCUACAGUUUCCAAGAGUCUUUGGGGAAGCCCUAUGGGUUAAACAUGAAUGCACUUUAAAUGUAGGGUGUGGCUCUGCCCUCAAAGCACCCAGAGAUAGAUGUACUGGUAGACCGUCCCAAUCCAGAACAGUGACCAAGGGGUAAAAAAGCAUGUGUGGUUAAGAACCGCUGUUUCGUGUUCUCUUCCGUCUCUUUUCCAAGUAGCCUGGCACUUUGACUGAUGAAAGCCGCGCCCUGGGAGCAGCUGUUUACUCUUCUGGGGGAAAGGGUACCUCCGUUCUGCUGAGUCACAGAUCCAAAUGACAAACUUAUUAUGCCAUUAGGAAAAUGACCUGCGGGGAGGGAGGGGAGCUGGAUAGGCAGCAGUGCCUGAAUUUAAAACAAAAAUAUGGGAUGGGGAACAGAUGAGAAGCAAAAAUUUCUUUAAGAGACGAAUGCAAGAUAGUAACAUCUUUGGUGGAACCUUGACACAGAGCCUUUGGGGGAUAAAACAUGGUGGAAUCACUACAGGGAAGAAAUGUGACGUCCACAGAACCAUGCAGCGACCCAUUUACUGAGUCAAACCCUUGAGGCAUCUAGUUCAUUACUAUCUACACUGAGAUGCAAUGUGGCUUUUCAGGGUUUCAAGGCAGGGGA